GCUUGUUGGGCACGAAUGCCACUCGUUGCGCGUCCUUAUAAUUUGGAGAGGUGUAUGCAGCGCACGGCCCGUUCGCCUUUCCAGGUGGAAAUCCAGGAGGAGCUGAGACCAAACUUAACUGGGACGACUGGUGAACCCGGUUCAGGACAGGUGAAAUUCCCAGCAGGCUGCCUGUAAGGCCACAGGAUCGAUUCAGAUGUAGGAAAAUGCAGUGUAUCUCAGCGCGGGUCAUGGGUGAGAUCACGCACAGGCACCGUGGAGGUUUAACUGCGACCAGUUGAAGAAUCUCAGGAGUUAAAAAAGAGGAUAUCCAAACGAUUUUCUUGGAUUCGACUGCUUAUAUAAGACGUCAGAUUCUUUUUUUUCCAACUGAUAAAAAUCUGCAAUGACAAGGAGUCGGAGUGGAGAGGAAUCAGUGGAAGAGCUGAUGUGAAUGCCCACCGUCUCAGGCGAGGAAGGAUACAGUGAAAAGGCGCCGAGAUGAAGGAGAAAUCCAAAACGGCUGCAAGGACUAGACGGGAAAAGGAGAACAGUGAAUUUUACGAACUGGCCAAAAUGUUGCCUUUACCGUCGGCCAUCACCUCCCAGCUGGACAAAGCCUCCAUUAUAAGACUGACAACCAGUUACCUGAAGAUGCGAAUUGUUUUCCCUCAGGGUUUGGGUGAGGCGUGGGGUCACGCAAGUCGAACAAGAUCUUUGGACAAUAUUGGACGAGAGCUGGGAUCUCAUUUACUGCAGACGUUGGACGGAUUCAUCUUUGUCGUGGCUCCAGAUGGGAAAAUAAUGUACAUUUCAGAGACAGCGUCGGUCCAUUUAGGACUGUCUCAGGUAGAGUUGACUGGGAACAGUAUUUAUGAAUAUGUCCAUCCUGCCGACCACGACGAGAUGACAGCUGUGCUGACGCCACAUCAGCCUUAUCACUCGCAUUUCGUCCAAGAGUAUGAAGCGGAGCGCUCUUUCUUUCUGCGGAUGAAAUGUGUGCUGGCAAAACGAAACGCAGGCCUCACCAGCGGUGGAUACAAGGUGAUCCACUGCAGUGGCUACCUGAAGAUCCGUCAGUACAGUCUGGACAUGUCCCCCUUUGAGGGCUGCUACCAGAACGUGGGUCUGGUGGCUGUGGGUCACUCGCUGCCGCCCAGCGCUGUGACUGAGAUCAAACUGCACAGCAACAUGUUCAUGUUCAGAGCCAGUUUGGACAUGAAGCUCAUCUUCCUGGACUCCAGGGUGGCAGAGCUGACAGGUUACGAGCCCCAGGACCUGAUCGAGAAAACCCUGUACCAUCAUGUCCACAGCUGUGACACCUUCCACCUCCGCUGUGCACACCACCUCUUGCUGGUAAAAGGCCAAGUCACCACUAAGUAUUAUCGUUUCCUGGCGAAGCACGGCGGCUGGGUCUGGGUCCAGAGUUACGCCACAAUUGUCCACAACAGCCGGUCCUCGAGACCUCACUGUAUAGUCAGCGUCAACUACGUCCUCACGGAUACUGAGUAUAAGGGAAUGCAGCUGUCUUUGGACCAAAUGAGCCCCACCAAGCCAGCCUUCCCCUACGCCGACAGUCACAGUGAAGACAGGAAGAGCACCAAGUCACGUCUGACCCAGGCCAAGGCUAAAGCCAGAGUGUCACCCUACCCACAGCAGUUUUCAGCUUUCAAUCCAGAACGCUCAGAGUCGGACCAGGACAGCCAGUGGGGAGGGAGCCCGCUGACAGACUCUGCAUCUCCUCAGCUGCUGGAUCCCGGCGAGGCUGCAGAGGCAUCUUGCGCCUACCGACUGUAUCCAGACUCAGGCUCCCUGUGCUACGGCCUGGGUCUGUCAGAAGACGAUCUCGCUCAUGCCCAAACGCAUCCUCACACCACCACCUGUGACCGGGUGCGAUGCCAGAGCGGCCGCUACUUCCUCGGAACCCCCCAGUCGGGAAGAGAGGUAUGGUGGGACGCCACGCGCUCUGUGCUCUCGCUGCCAAAAUCGUCCGUGGAGAACAGCGAGGGCUACGAAAUCACAUCCUACCAUGGAGCCAUUCACGGACGGGGCCACUGGGAUGAAGACAGUGUAGUGAGUUCACCCGAUGGAGGCGGGUCCACCAGUGAUUCGGGUGAACGUUACCAUGGUGACCACUUCCGGGCAACCCCUCGAGAGCCCAGCAAGAUGGAGACCCUGAUCCGAGCCACGCAGCAGAUGAUCAAAGAGGAAGAGAGCCGUCUGCAGCAGCACAAGUCGCCGUUGGAUGUCUCAGGCCUCGCCAAAGCUCACAGCCCGUGCUUCACCUCUUCUCUGUCCCACCACUCCCAGCUCACCAUGCCCAGCGUGGUGUGCCGCGGCCCGGGAGCCCCCAGCAUCGACCUCCCCUCUGAACGCCUCCAUCAUCGGGACAGCGUCAAAGUGCUCGGUCCGCACGACAACGACGAAAACACAACCAGCCCAGCGUCUCUGUCUCGUCUCAGCAGCCCCAGCUCUGACGGCCUCCCCAGGUCGGGCCUCUCCCUCACCAAAGACUACAUGCAGACGGAUCUGUCCCCACACCCUCCACAGCCUCAAGGGAGCCCGCUGCUCUAUCAGGCCCAGGAGAGGCAGCCACUGGACAGGCAAGCAGCCUAUGCUUUGACUGGAUACUCCCUGGAGCACCUGUAUGACCCGGAAAACCUGAGGAGUUACUCGGGCCUGGCCUGUGGAGGAGUCCAGUAUGACGUGGCGUCCCAUGUGAGGAUGCAGGCCGAGCAGAUGCAGGGACACAAGGCCACCUCAGUUAUCAUAACCAAUGGGAGCUGACGAUAUCUGGUGCAGAUAGGUCCUGUUCUCUAGAUGAGGAUGCUACAGUAAGGUGGUGCUUCAUGCACAUGCAAACACUGACCAAGUGCUUGAUACAAACAGCCGGACAAUUAAAAAAAAGAAUCAAAAGGUACCUGCACUGGGUCGAUGCGCCCUCGGUGGCUCAUUCAGCACAAUCUCUGUGUGUCAGGCUUUGUAUCAUACCGUUCUCUUUCCUUUAUCAUCGGAGGAUGAUAUGAACUAGUGUUGAAGAACUGACGUUCGGUCUGCCACGUCACAGGGCGGAGGUUUGCUCCAUUACAUAGGAAUAUAGUGUUACUUUAAUGGUGAACUGACUCCCCCCUCCCUGCAAAGGCGACCCAAGUUCUGAGUCUGGUUAAACAUCAAGCCAGUGUUUCUAUUCCAAAACGCCUCACGCACCAUUGGCCAUGAAAGUUAAUCUGUCCUGGAACACAGUUUCCAAAGGCAGUAAGAAAAUGUGUUGUUCCAUUGCCCCUUCACCUGAAAACUCCAUCGUGCAGAGCAUAAUGUUUGACACAUGAAGUGCAACAUGGGAAAGGCGAGAGUCUCACUAUUGUAAGAUGUCAGUGUUUCCUGGUAUUUAUUUGUCAGUGGGCUGUUUUUAUGUAUGUGUCAUUUUUUUCCUGUCUAAGUAGAAUCUUUAUUGGUCGCAUAAAAUUAGUUUUGGUGUUUGGAUUUACACCAACAUUAGAUUAAAAUCAUUUGAAUGACGAGGGAAAAAACAGAAAGAAAAAUGCUUCUGAUAUGUAAAAGUGUAAAAUAUACAGGUCGACUUUGAGCUGUUUUAAUGUAUAUGUGAAAUGCCCUCACUUAGAGCGCAAACAGAGAGUGCAGAACAGAAAAACACAUUGGCCCCACGCCCCCUAAAUAAAGGCAUUGUAUGUAUCGACUUACACAUGUGGCUGAAACAAUAUUGUUUACAUAUCAGAGUAUAAUUUUCCCUGUUUUUACCUCACUUAACUGUUACCCAACUUAUUAGCAUAUGUAGAGUAUGCUUCGAAAUCCUUAAAUCGUGCUUCACAUGCAGUUGUUCUCAAAGAAAAACAUUUGUUUCUGUUUUUAUUUUUGUCAUGUCAGCCUAAAGGGUUAAAAUAACUGAUAAGAACUUAUAAAAAUGUGUUGAAUGUCUUUAGUUUCUUAUUUAAUUUAUGAUGUAAAUAUCAUCUCACAAUGAACUUUUGAACAGGAAGUGACAAGAUUAUUUAUUAAUUGGUUUUAAAAAGUCUUAAAUCUGAAUACAGUUGCAAACAAAUAACUUUUGUCUCUGUUGAUUUUUGUCUUACCUCAUUCAAAGUGCUUUGAAUGAACACACGUUUAUUAAAGCUGCUGCCUCAGAGAAACUCAAUUUUAGACAUCCUGGUGUGUGAAGAAUCAGGACAGCUUCAUACAACACAUUUUCCUUUCACACAAAACCUGCUCAGCAAAGAUCGGAAAUACUAUCAAGUCGUUUAUUCAAACCAGUAUGCAUAUUACUUGUAGUAAAAUUAGGCUUCAGAUAUUAGCCUAUAUCAAUUGUAAAUCAUUCAUAUUAGCACAACACUACUUUAUCCCAUUAAAACAAUACUCACAACUUGGAUUCAUUUUUAUGAAAACCCUUCUUUUGAUGUGAGGACCCUUGCGCACUAAAGGAAUAUGAAUAACUUACAGGGUAAUCGAGGAAUGGACACAUAAUUUGAGGUACCAACAACCCGGUUUUAUAAAUCCGAAUGAACUGCUUGGCAACCAGACCAGGCCUCUAAUUGAGACAGGCCUUUAUUCAGUCCCUCCAGGAUCUCGCGGCAAAAAAAACCUGAAUUUGCGGCCAAUUUUGCCAAUAAUUGUAAUAAAAAUACAGCAUUUUCAUGUGAUUUUUUUGCGGGAAAUUGUGGCAAAUGACAAAAAUUUCAGCUAUUGACAAAAGGAGGGGAAAAAAUGUAAUAUUUUUUUAAAAUUACCCCCUCCAAAAAAUAAGUCAUGUAAUCACUUGCUAUAAUAAUCAUACUGAAUAUUACAAAAAUAGCUGCAAAUGUUUUUUUUUUUUGUUUUUUUUGUUUUUUUUACAGUUCUCUUCUUUAGUUUUAUCUAAUUAGUUUCAAAACAUGGACUCCAACAAUGUUACAAAGAAUCCUGAAUGAAAAUUGUAGCUCUCUUCCGUAAACGUGACAUUUUAAUACAUUCAACACAUAUUGUAUGCAUUUAAACAGUGCAAAUUCUUAUGUCAAUACAGAACAUUCUCCAUACUACAAUGCCAUUAGCGCGUUUGAUGAUGCGUCUGAUGACAUUUUCCGGUUGGCCCGAAAAUGCGGAAAAAACGCGGGACUUUUGAAAAAUUGGAAACCCACGCAAAUAUUGACUUUCGUUGAAUUUGCGUUAAUUAUUGCGAUUGCAAGAUCGCCAUUUUCUGGAGGGACUGUUUAUUUGCCAGAAUGUGUAGCCACACUGAGCUAGUAAAAGAGACUGGGUGUUUAAGUGAAGUUUUACAGUAGACAUAGAGAUGUAUAAAUAUAGAUAUGACACAUAGAAACUAAACUUUAAAGGACAGGUCUGAUGUCACACCUUAUGUUUCUUAUUGUCAACAAAUCCUAUGAAAAGACCAAAACCAACAAUGCAAAGAUGUAAAUCUGGGUCACAAAUUUAUUGCAGAUUUAUACACGUCUGGGGCUCUAGUGAGUAUUUACGGUAGGAGGAGAGUGUAUUUUGGGAUUGACUCAAACUACAAACUAGACAUUUUAAUUAAAGAGCAUGUCACUCAGUGCAAUGAUGUGGCUCAAUUAUGUUUUUGUUUUUUUUUAGUUUGUGGACAACAGUGGAGGUCUAUAGCAAAAAUGAAAAUUAGCAACACUUGACUCCUAGAUAUUACGUUUAUAUGUUACUAAACUGCUCUCUUAAUUACAUUGUUGUAGAAACAUAACUGCUGUCUGGAUUAUGUUUAGAGACAGUAUUUCUUUGUAAUACGUAGGCGUAGGAAGGAGGUGGUUGGCGUACAAGGUGCAGGACUCUGACAACAGAACUUUGGGAUUGCGUCCAGACUCCUGCCUCAGGUUUAGGCAACAAACACACUUUGGUUAAGUUCUGAAAUGUGAAUACAAAAAAGGUAAUUUAAAAAUUGCUGUAGACCCUAUGAAUUGAUAGUGUAUUGCAAGAUUGCUUAUUUUGGCGGAAAACAACUGAAAUACGUUUUCAUUUAAGAUUCUGCUGAUACAUUCAGUAGCUACAUUAACUGCCAGAUGUGUUAAUUAAAACAUUUCCUCGUUAUGUUAAUAGAAAAUGUAUGUAUUUCGCAUACAUUUCCUUAAAAACACAUUUUCUGUUUUGAUUUAGUUGUAUAUAUUUGUUUUUGGUCUUUUCAUGGGAUUUG